UCAAACAGCGCGUUUGUUUGGGCUUGGAUCCGGAUCCGGGUCCUUUUAUACAUGUUGACAUCAUGUCACUGCGAUGUCGGAGGUACUCGAUACGUUUUCACAAAGCUUUCUUCUCCACACUACAACGUCUUCCUCAGGGUGAAAACCAGAUUAGGGAUGUCGUCUAACCUAAGCGUCCACGAGGUUUUCAACAGCUUCGACACUCUCUCGGAGAUUCUCCUCCUCUUACCACCCGAGGAGACCUACAAACUCAUCCUCGUCUCGAAGCGCUGGCUCCAGAUCAUCUCCAGCCCUUUCUUCCGUCACGCUUACCUCGCCAGAUGGAAACCAAACUUCCACCUCAUCGGCUUCUUCAUCUGCAACACCUCCUACGUUGGCAAACAGCACCUGGAGCGUGUCCGCCGCCCUCGCUCCGAAUCCUCCAUGCCUCUGCUCUCCACGAGCAGUUUGGGAGACGAGGUGGAGACCUCUGGUGUACUCAAGAAGCUCGGUUACUACAUUGACUCUUCCAACGGUGUGCUUCUCUGUGGACGCCAUCCGAAAGCUUACUACUUGUGGGAUCCCGCGACCAGGAAGCAGCAUAAGAUCCCGCGUCAUAGGGUUCAUUUCGAGGAGGUGGUUAUGUCUUUGAUCACUGAGGAUUGUCCUGUUCAGGGAUUUAGCUACAAGGUGGUGCGUGGGGAGUGUGUUUCUUAUGCAGCUCAGAGUACUAAGGUGAGAGUGGAGAUUUAUUCUUCUAAGACCACCACGUGGAGCUACUCUGAGCUGACUUGCGGUGAGGCUAUCUCUCUCACUCCGUGGACUGCAGGGAGAGUGAUAGGAGGCGUGGUGUAUUGGUAUGCCACAGGAGGUAAAGUUGCUAUCUACGACACAAACGAUGAGGAGAAGAGGAUUGAUGUGAUAAAGCUUCCGAAGACGUUUAACUAUGAUGAGCAGGUGCUGGGAGAAUCCUCUGAUGGGUGUCUGCAAUACGGAUGGAGUAAUAAGUCGGUGAUGGAGAUAUGGAAGCUGGAGAAGGUGAGCGAUGUGCUUGAGUGGACCAUUCAGUUUAAGCUGAAUUUCAAGGCCAUGUGGAGGAUGAACCCUGUGGAGUCUGCGAGGUUCUGCACUAGGACUAAAGAAACGCAGCUGCUUGCGUUCUUCAACCAGAACUCGGAGUCGGUUUUCAUCAGAUGCGACUCACACAUCUUUGUAUGCAACACAAUGACUCAAAGGGUUGAAGAGGUUCAGUACCAAGGACGAGGGUCUUCAUUCGUUUGGGAUUACUGCAAGGUCUUGCCUUACUUUCAGCUAUCUUGGCCUUCUUCUUCUUCUUUGUUAGAAGAAGGAAACAUGUGAAGAUCGAAACUGUGAUGUCUCUUUCCGCAGUAAGUAGCUUAUGAUAAUAAUCAGUUAGUGUGUAAGCCUCUGAUAUCAUUUUGGUGUUAUGGCCAUUGGAUUAUGGUUUGUUUACAUUAAGGGGCUUUAAUGUUUUUUUUUGCUUGACCAAUUGAUGAACCUCUCAUGGCCAUUGAAAUUACGGUUUAGCUAUUGAAAGAUUGUGCCUUUUGUAAUGACCAA